AUGCAACGAGUCCCGUAUCUCAUUCUCUUAACUCUUUUCCUACCACUUUUAGUUAUCGCACAACAAACAAACCGUUUUGUAUCUGUUGGAGCAACACUCACAGCUACAAACGAUGCCAUGCCAUGGCUCUCACCUUCUGGAGAUUUUGCCUUCGGUUUCCAACUUAUUCAAGGUCAAAAUAACUUCUUGUUAUCCAUAUGGUUUGACAAGAUACCUGAAAAAACCAUCAUCUGGUAUCCAGAAGGAGGUCCUACAGUGCCUAGAGGGUCGACAAUUGAGCUAACAAAUGGACGUGGACUCGUUCUGAGUGAUACUCAAGGCAAGGAUGUAUGGACUUCUGGGUCGACCUCAGAUAUUGCUUAUGGUGUCAUGAAUGAUACAGGUAACUUUGUGAUUGUUGGUAAUGAAUCUCGCAAGAUAUGGGAUAGUUUCGAAUUUCCAUCAGAUACUAUGUUGCCCACUCAGGUUAUGGAGAAAGGUGGAGAGAUUUACUCAAAAAUGAGUAGAACUAACUUCUCCAGAGGAAGGUUUCAGCUACGUCUGCUUGAAGAUGGGAACCUCGUUCUUAAUACUCGAGAUAUAUCAACCAAUUAUGCUUAUCCUUCAUACUAUGCCACUAAAACUGGUGAUCUCUCCAAUCAGUCGAAUUCUGGUGAACAGCUUAUCUUUGAUGGAGUCGGAUACUUGUAUUUAUUGAGAAGAAAUGGCAGCAAAUUUGAUCUUACUCCAAGCCAGGAACUUCCAUUUGGAGACUAUUAUCACAGAGUUACGCUGGAUUUUGAUGGGGUUUUUACCCAAUACUAUCACUCCAGGGAUUCCACUGAUAAUUCAAGCUGGGAACGUGUAUGGUCAUAUCCAGGAAACAUAUGCCUUAGUUUCCUUGCUUCUGAAGGAAGUGGGGCAUGUGGAUAUAACAAUGUCUGCAGCCUUGAUCAGAAUAAUCGACCUAAGUGUGAGUGCCCAAGAGGGUUUUCAUUGCUUGAUCCCAAUGAUCCAUAUGGUGAUUGCAAACCAUAUUUCUUUCCAAACUGUGACAAAGGUGCCUCAAAAAAAGAAGAUAUCGAUUUUGUGGAACUCAAGGAUAUUGAUUGGCCAACAUCUGAUUAUGUCAUCAUGAACCCAACUAGUGAAGUUGACUGCAAAAACUCCUGCUUAAAUGAUUGUUUCUGCGCUGUUGCAAUUUACAGAGGCAAUAAAUGUUGGAAGAAGAAGCUUCCACUCUCUAAUGGAAAGGUUGAUGUUUCACUUAAUGUGAAAGCUUUCGUGAAAUCUCGGAAAGGUGAUCUUCCUCUUGAAAACCCUCCUCAUUUUUCUGGAAGCAAGAAUAAUCGGCAAAGUUUGAUAAUCCUUGUCCAUGCUACUAAUGGGUUUAAAGAUGAACUUGGGAGAGGAGCUUUUGGAAUAGUCUACAAAGGGGUAAUGGGGACAAACACUGUGGCAGUGAAGAAGUUGAAUCAAAUGGCUCAAGAUGGUGAGAAAGAAUUCAGAACCGAAGUCAAUGCUAUUGCAAAGACUCAUCACAGAAACUUGGUUCAGUUGCUUGGCUUUUGUGAUGAUGGUGAACAUCGGUUGCUAGUUUAUGAGUACAUGAGUAAUGGUACUUUGGCCAGCUUUCUAUUUGGAGAAAUGAGACCAAGUUGGAAUCAUCGGUGCCAUAUAGCAUUAGGCAUUGCAAAGGCACUUUCGUACCUUCAUGAAGAAUGUAGCACUCAGAUCAUCCAUUGUGACAUUAAGCCUCAGAAUAUACUUCUUGAUGAGUAUUAUAAUGCUCGUAUUUCUGACUUUGGACUAGCGAAGCUUUUGGUGAUGAAUCAAAGUCGAACAAAUACUGAUAUUCGAGGUACGAAAGGAUAUGUGGCUCCAGAGUGGUUUAGAAACGCUCCAGUCACAGUAAAAGUUGAUGUCUAUAGCUUUGGUGUGUUGUUACUAGAGAUUAUUUCAUGUCGAAAGAGUGUCAAAGAAAAUGAGAGUGGUAAUGAAUAUGAAGCAAUCUUGACUGAUUGGGCAUGGGAUUGCUAUCAGGAAGGUAGAUUGGAUUUGCUUGUUGAGAAUGAUUUGGAGGCUCUUGAUGACUAUAAGAAGCUAAAAGUGUUUGUGAUGGUUGGACUUUGGUGUGUUCAAGAAAACCCUUUGUUGAGGCCAACCAUGAGGAAGGUCAUUCAGAUGCUUGAAGGGGUUGUUGAAGUGACUGAACCUUCAUGCCCGUUCCCUUUCUCUCUUACCUUAGGUUAA